GACACGCCACUCAAGAUGAGUGCAAUAAACAGCAGCAGCAGGAUGGCUGACCAGAGCAGGCAAAUAAAACUCGCCGCAGCCAAGAAAAAGCUGAAGGAGUUCCAGCAGAAGAGCUCCCCUGUCAGUGUUGGAGGAGAUAAAGCAGCAGGAGGAGGAGUUGGUGGCGGUGCAGGUGCCAAGAAGAAGAGGAAAGUGAAAGGACUCAACCAGUAUGAUGCACCCUCAAUAGACAGAAGCUCUCCAGACAAUUUUGACAGUAUUCUCAAAACACUUAGCCAAAGCAAUGGAGUAGUCCUGCCCCCCUGUGACAAAAGUCAGACUUUAGCUGACAUGGAGACCAUGGGCUCCUCAGUUCCCUCGCUGACGGAGGACCCAGCGGCUGAGCUUGACCGCAGCUCGCCUGUAUCUAACAUUGCUGCUAGCACUAACACCGCUACUAACCUCCAGAAUGUUAGCCACCAUGCUGACCUGUUACAGGAUUACCCUAAUACCAAUGGCAAUGAGAGUUUAACAGAGGAAAAUAGACCGCUGUCUUCCACAGAGAGCCUGCGACAGCUUUCCCAGCAACUAAAUGGCCUUGUCUCUGAGACAUCUGCUGCUCAUGUGAACGGCGACAGUGCCCCGUCUGUCGGCGAGCGAGAACUGGAGAGUCGGAACCAGGAGCUGGCUGCUGCCCUGGAGUCCAGCAACUUAACAAACUCUCAGCUCAAUACCAAGCUUGACCAGCUGGCCAAACAAUCUCAGGAGCUCACAGAUCAGCUACAGAAGGAGCGAAAAGGAUUUGAACAAAAGUUUUCUAAAGAGCAGGGUGCAAUGCGGGAGCAACUACAGGUUCACAUUCAAACCAUCGGCAUACUGGUGUCUGAGAAAUCUGAGCUUCAGACCGCACUACAGUACACACAACAGGCCGCGCGGCAGAAAGCAGCCGAGGCAGAGGAGCUCAACGGCCGUCUGCAGAUGACAAAGCAGAGAGUGUCGGAGCUAGAGAGAACACUGUCCUCUGUCUCAACACAGCAGAAACAGUUUGAAAAGCACAAUAAAGAGUUAGAAAAAGAGAGAGACACCUUGAGGCUAGAGGUAUUUAGACAAAACAAUUUGAGUGAGGAGUCCAAACAGCAGAGCUCCGAGAUGUCAGAGCAGCUGAGACAGAGAGCACAGGAGACCGGAGCAUUGAGGCUGGAGGUUGAGGAUCUCCGCAAGAGGCUGGAAAUUGCUGACCUCAUGUUGCAGCAGUGCUCCACCCAGUCAGAUCCCAGUAGUGCCAAACAACAAAUCCAGUUAUUGCUUGAGGAGAAACAGCAUCUGGAAGUGCACAAUCACCAGCUGAUGGAGUCAGUUGGCCAGCUGAAGACUGAGAGGGACUGCUAUGCAGUGCAGAUUCAGGAGGAGGGACGUGUUUGGAAAGACAAAACGGAGCAACUGCUUACACAAAUGUCAUUGGUAGCAGAGGAGAGGGACAGAAACAUCAACAGAGUCCAAGAACUUGAAGCUAGCAUCACGGAGCUACAAAAUGCUGCAGCAUUGCUGUCCCAGGAGAGAGAGAAUCGCAGUGCUGCAGAGCCUCAGUCCUCAGAGCCUUCAGAGAGCGAGGUAGCUCUACAGGGGGCCCUCAACACCCUGCAACAAGAAAAAGAAUCUCUGAAUGCACAAUAUCAGUCACAGCUGCGCGACAACGAGCAACUGAGUCGCCUGUGCUCAGAGCAAGAGGCACGUCUGGCAGAUCUGGAGCAGCAGGUGGAGAACCAGAGCCAGGAGGCAGACGACCGCCGCCGCAUGCUGGAGGAUGUGCAGUCAGACAAGGCCACAAUCAGCCGCGCUCUCAACCAGAACCGCACGCUGAAGGACCAGCUGGCUGAGCUGCAGAACGGCUUUGUUAAACUGACAAAUGAGAACAUGGAGCUGGCCAACGCCAUUCAGUCAGAGCAGCAUGUGAAGAAGGAGCUGGCACGUAGGAUGGGGGAGCUUCAGGAGGAGCUGCACAAUGUCAAGGAGCAGCUGGAAUUAAAAUAUAAGGAGGCUCAAGGAUUGGCGGAGCAGAGGGACCAGGUGGCAGCCCACCUGCAGCAGUACUGUGCUGGCUACCAGGCCCUGGCGUCUGAGAGGGAGCAGCUCCAUCGACAGUAUUUGACACAGAGCCAGAUCAUGGAUCAGCUGCAGCAUGACGAAUCCCAGGGCCGUGCUCAGCUGGAAAUGAGCCACAAUCAGCUGAAGCAAGCACAGGAGCAUUUGGAGCAGUUGGUCAAAGAUAACGAGCAUUUGAAGGUUGAGGUGAGGGAACUGCUCAGCAGUUCUGCUCUGGCCAUGACACCAAGAGAUGAAGGAGACGGCGUGGAAAGUCAGUCACCUCAAGAGAGCCUCAACAGAGACUCAACAGAGUCAGCCUCCAUCGUCAUCCCUCAAGACUUUGAGAGCCAGAAAGAGAUGGAAGAGUUCAUCCAGGGUGCGUUGUCUCAGCUGGAGGCAGAGCGAGACGAGGCUAGGAGGCAGCUUAGGGAGGAGCACAGGCUCCACAUGAUGGCAAAGCGCCAGGCCGCCGUGGCUCUCAGCCUGGAGCACCACAGCCACAGCCACCACGAGCAUGAGCACCAUCAUGAUGAACACACUCAGGACCAGCAUAGUCACUGUGAACACAGUCACCAGCAAUCAGGAGGAGUGCCACUGGAAGUUCAUCAGGCGUUACAAACUGCAAUGGAGAAGCUCCAGCAGCGGUUCACCUCCCUCAUGCAGGAGAAGGCUGACCUGAAGGAGCGAGUGGAGGAGCUGGAGCACCGCUGCAUCCAGCUCUCCGGAGAAACAGACACCAUAGGAGAGUACAUUGCCUUGUAUCAGAGCCAAAGAGCCAUCAUGAAGCAGAAGCACCAGGAGAAGGAGCAGUACAUCACCAUGCUGGCUCAGGAUAAAGAAGAGAUGAAGGCAAAGCUUGCAGAGCUGCAGGAUCUGGUCAUGAGGCUGGUGGCCGAGAGGAACGACUGGUACAGCCGAUACACUGGGGCCGUCAACGUGGCCCAGGCGAACCCUGACCUGCUUCCUGUCGGCGAGGACCACAGUCAAGUUACAGAGGGCCAGCAUCAAGCACAUGACGACCUUAAUGCUGUCAGCCAAGCAGAAGCCAUGGAGAUUAUCCCUCUAUCGGAGCCCUCUGCCGCCGCCCAGGAAGCCCCCUCGUCGUCUCACGCCCCUGCCCGAAGCGAGUCCUCGACACUGGCGCCCAAAGAGGACGGCACGGCGCGGCAGAUCAUGCAGCUCCUCCACGAGAUCCAGAACCCGCAGGGGAAGGCGCCGCGGCUGCCCCCCUUCAUGGGCGAGAACCCUUGCAUUCCCUUCUUUUACCGACCCGACGAGCAGGACGAGGUGAAGAUACUGGUGGUAUGAGCUGAGUCAUCACGACAAAAAUGUUAUUUCUUUUCCCUCACACAAAAGUGCAAUAACUCAGCCACAUGUUCUAUUUAGCUUGAAUGUACUCGAAUUGCUGAAUCCACGUGUCAGUUUACCGUCGUCUUGCAUUCUAAAGGCCAAAAUAAGACCACACUUUCUCAAACGCAUCAUCUCAGCCUCUUCCUGGGGUCUUUUUUAACCAUUCAGGCCCUUCUGUUACAUUUUUGCUAGAAUCACUCAGAAACUGGAGUGUGUGAGUGUGUGUGGUUCUCUCUCCUGUAUGAUUUUGUAGAUUGAAUCCUGAAAUAGAAGUUUAACUUGCACUAAAACUGUUAAUGUACAAAGCUUUUCACAACUACAGCGGUGGGAUCGAUGAAGCUGCUCUUUUGGGAGGCCGAGGGUCCCGAUUUAAAGAAGGAAAGAGGAUGCAAGUGUGUGUGAUGGAUGUAAAUAUUGCAAUCAUGAACGCUCCCGUGGGACCAAUCCACAUAAUACAUUUUCCGCACCAAAUUCCCCAACCUCAAAUUUGGCAUCACACAUGAAAAUGUUCCCUUUUCUUAAUGUAGUUUUGCAUGGGAAUUCAUAGUUUGACUUGUAAAAACACACAACACACGUGAAAUGAUUUGUUUUAAUUGUAAUACACUCCUGAGCAAAAAUUUAAGACCAGUUGAAAAAUUGCAAGAAUUGACAUUUUGCACUGUUAGGUUAUAAGUAGAGUUUCGAAAUGCAAAAAGAGGAAAUGGGAAUGAGACUGAAAAUGUUUUGAGUAAACAAUUUAUUGCAAACAACCAUAAAAGUGAAACAGGCUGCUCGUCAAAACUUUAAGAUUUGGACUUUUAAACACUGCGAUCUUUUGAUCAGCUAUUUCACUUUAAUGAUUGUUUGCAAUAAAUUGCUUAUGCAACCUUUUUUUUUUUUGUCUUUUUGCAUUUGAAGCUUACUACUUAGAACCUUCUUAAUAUCCAACAGUGCAAAAUGGAAAUUCAACACAUUUGAAUCAUGAUGACUGCCCCCUUUUAAAGCUGAGGCACUUCAAAUAAAACAACCUACAGUAUAAUUGAAUAUUUCCAUCUUAAAAACAUUUAGUCACUGUGUGAUUGACUGCAAUGGACAGAGAGCAUAUACUGUACAAGAAGGUGGUGUGUAUAUACUGUAAGUGUGUAUCAUAUUGUAUAUUCUGCUGGUUGUGUAAGUGUGUGUAUGUGGGAGACGGUUACUGACUGGCUGUGAUUUACUACAAAGAAUGACUAAAAAGAGAGGACAGAUACUAUUUAUUAUUAUUAUUAUUAUUAUUAUUAUUUGGAAUGAUUUAGUGUCUCAACCAAUCAGUUUAAGGAGUGAAAUGAAGGAUGGCUCAAGUGAAAUAGUUGAUUUGUUGGCAGGAGCUUUGAUCCCCCCCCCCUCCCUCAACUGAAUAAAAAAAGAUUGAGCAACA